AAUAUUAUUUUUAAAAAUAUAUGCUUCUAUGUGCUUCUGGGGGCACACUGAGACCAACAUAACCUUGUGCUGUUUGUCUGAUAACAUUCUUUAUUGCAGGCAUGGUCAACUGCAGUCAGACACAGUCACCAUCCUGGCAGGAACGACAUUGCCAGUGGGUUCUCUUCUUCUGCAUUAUGCGCUCCUUUUACUGGCACAACAUGUUACACUCCUGCUCCUGACAUAUAUGCCAGGGCAAGAGCACAGGAGUCACCUACUGGCAGGCAUUAGUCCAGACACUGCUCCAUCUGGCUCUGUUGUCCUUGGGGAGCAUCACUCAAGCAGGGAUUGGCCAUGUUUAUUUCAGCAUUGGGGAUAGACUUCUGAGACACCCUAAGUCCCACGUGCGAUUUUUGUGAACUUUGAAUUGAAUGAGCCCCUAGGGUGUACAGAAGAAACACAGGGCUGCAGUGAUGCCCUUUUAAUUAAUGGCCUGACUCCUGGCCAAAGAAGAAACCCGAUUCCCUAUCAGAAGCAUGGCUUCAUUUCCACAGGAAACCAUAUCCUAGUCCAUGUCAAAAGGCUCCUGCAUUUUUAAACAUGCUCUGUGUCAGAUUCUUCCACAUGAAGCAGCUUGUUCUUAAAGAAACAAAACAAAAAAGCUCUUGAGUGAAUUCAUUAUCCUGAAUCUACUGUUUGUUCACCAUGGAAGAAGGCAUGUACCUUACAUCUCAAGAACAUAUCCCCAUGUCUUCACGGUCUUGGCUCUUGAAGAAAAAAAGAAAUUCUGUCUUCCCUGCUGCAGAAAGCCAAAACAAAACAGAGGCCUGGGUGCAAACAGUUAUCCCAUCAGGCUCCCAAGUGACAGAGGAGUCAUUGAGAAGUGAUGCUGAGCCCAAAUCACAAACAACCAUCAGCUCAUCUAUCCCUCUGCCGGGCAGUAUUAUGGACUACAUGGAUGAGCUGCAAGUGCAUCCUCCAUGUGCUGCAAAAAGCGCUGCCAUUGUUGAGGAAGCUGGACGUGGUGAAAUUGGGCAAGGCCAAUCUUGGUUGAACAAACUGAGCUUCAACAAGAACAAGCUCUCAUUUGUAACAUGCCUGAAUGAAAGGAAAGGAAACAAAACUGCACAAAAAGGUCACCCCAGUGCUCCUAGAGUGCUCUUUCAUGACAAUCAACUGGAUGGAUGCCUGUCCAAAGAAGAACAGCUUUACAUUCCAUACAGACUAGCAAAAUUAUAUAUUACCAAGAUUACUAAAGACAUGCAUCAGAUGAAAAUUGGGUACACGAAGGCAAUCAAAGAGCUGGAGCAUGUAGGAAAAGAAAACCAGGAACAAGCUAUGAUGGCUCUGAAAAAUCAGUAUAGCAACAAAAUGAAGAACUUGCGAGCUCAGCUGGAGGUCUACCAAGAGACAGUAGACAAGAAAAACCAAUACUGGCAAGACACAACAAAGAAACUGAAGGAAGAAAAUAGAAUACUGAGACAAGAGAAAGAAGAACUGGCAAAUCAGAUCACACUGCAGAAGGAAAAAUGGGGUGAUGAAAAGGCUUGGCUGCUCAGGAGCACCACUCAAAAGCUAGACUGCCUGCAUAAGCAGCACACCUUAACUAUUGAAGAACUUCAGCGGAGUAGAGUAAACCUUGAAAAAGUGGAGAAAAUUGUAGAUUUUCAAAUGGACUUACCCUGUGAUCAACGAAGGGCAUUAAUUAUAUCAGAUGAGAUAACAGAAAAAGGAAUCACAGACCAUAAUGCAGGGGUGGAAAAGUCUAAUGUCACAAUACAGGAGUCAGAGACUACAGAGCUUGCUCAGAGGUCUACAUCUGUUGUGGUGGAGAUGGAGGAAGCACAUAAUGGUUUGCCACAAAAGAAACUUCUGUUGGAAGUGAAAACCACCUUGGAGCUGGUCAAAGGGUCUUUACACAAACGGGAGACAGAGAUCAGUGAACUUCUGCAAAAUGGACAUUGGUGUAACUCUCAAAUUACAGAUAUGUUGUUGACAGAGUCUAUUGUAUAUUAGCUAGUGAAGAUACAUUUGCUUAGUUAAGACACAGACCAGAUAUGGGCUGGUGCUUCUAUCCUAAAUGCUCUUUGGACUAGGAUUUAGUUUACACUGUCUGUCUCUAAUAGUGAGCAAAACUGGUCUCUGAACACAGAUCCACACCAGACAUUUAAAGCACAUGACUUCUCCAAAAUAAUAUCAGGAACUAUAGUUUACCCUCAUAGAGCUACAAUUCCAAACACCCUCAACAACACCCUACAGAUCCUAGGAUUCUUUGGAGGGAAGGUUUAAAGUUUUAAAUGUUUGGUGUGGAUCUGCCCUAAAACGAAACAGGAAUGUUCUGCUCCCUCAACAUCUCCAUGAACUGGGUGAGAGCCAGAGUGUUCCUCAAAGCAUUGCCGCUUGUCUUCUCUGCCCUGGGGAUGGGAAGAUGAGCAGCGAUGUCACGUGCUGGAACACCUCCCUCUUGCCUGGGAGGGGGUGCUGCAGCGGCAGCAGUGGGGCAGGCGGGCGCUGCCUCUUGCAUGUCUACUGCCUGAAGCAGGUGCUUCCCCCUCCCUCAUCGGUGGGCCAGCUCUGUGAGCGUGGACCCAAUGAAAUUACUAAGCAUGACUAAGUUAGAUUCAGUGAGUUUACUCUUCCCAUGC